UUGAAGUGACGCGGUCACACACCUGUGUGUUUAUUAUCCACAACUUUGAAAGGACAUUAACUUAGUUAUUCUGCUUACCUGUGGAAGUGACAAUGCCGCGGCCGUCACGUGAAUCCUACGGUGAUCAAAAACCGCCUUACUCGUAUAUCUCUUUGACGGCGAUGGCAAUCUGGAGCUCGCCGGAGCGCAUGCUGCCGCUGUCAGAGAUCUACCGGUUCAUCACGGACCGAUUCCCGUACUACCGGCGCAACACGCAGCGCUGGCAGAACUCGCUGCGGCACAAUCUCUCGUUCAACGACUGCUUCGUGAAAGUGCCGCGCCGUCCAGAUCGGCCCGGGAAGGGCGCGUACUGGACGCUGCACCCCCAGGCCUUCGACAUGUUUGAAAACGGCAGCUUACUGCGUCGCCGCAAGCGAUUCAAGCUGCAAAAGGGAGAGAAGGACAACCUCAACGCAGAACUUGCAGCUCUUGCUAGUUUUAACAGAGCAUUUUUGGCGCGACAAGCUGGAGCACCGCCGCCUCCGCCGGCGCUACCUACUGCAAGUUUGUAUACACCUCCGUUGUGUCCUCAAAUGAGUCCUGAACCUGCGGAACUUCCGGAAGCUACAACAAUGACAAUGUUGCCGAGAGAAAGGCCACGAAGAGCGUUCACGAUUGAUGCAUUAUUGGAACCUGAGCCGCCACGGAGUUCUCCGUCACCACCUCAGCCAGUGAUGCCAAUACCUUCCUUGCCACGGUUAGAGCUAUCGAUGCCAUCGCACUACAUGCUAGCGGCGCAGCGUUACCACGCAGAACUGCUGCAAGCAGCUGCGCACGCACUUCGUCCCUGCUACCUGCCACCUCUGCCCGUCGCGUGACAUCGGCGCCCAGACGCUACUUGCUCUGACUUAACGUGCAAUGCUAGAUUGUAAGUACUGAACUCAGUCUAAAGAUAUAUCCUUGUGAAAAUACAAAAUGUGUAGAAUAUUUAAUUGUAGAACCUUAAUAUAUUAUGUUUAUGAUCUUCAAAAAUCCACAAUACACUAUGUUGACAAACACCUACAUUACCUACAUCAAAGUCAGUAGAAACAUGACCUAAUUUCACAGCCGUUUAAAAUGUAACGUUGCUAACAAAUACGCCUACACGGUUCCGACUCCGACAUCGAGGCCUAAAUGUGUAUAAAUACUUUGCGUGGAACUGCACAGCAUCAUACUGUGCCCUUGUUCUACACAUAACAUACAGUCCUUUCAAUAAGCUCUGCAUUCAUUUGUUUAGUGAUCUCACUUGUAGAUAAUUAUAGUUACUAGCUAAAAUAUUUGUGAUUAUUUAUUAUAAAAAGAUUGAUGUCUAAAUAAAACUUUAUCACAAAUACAUAGUUCAAUUGGAUACUAAUUGGAAUGAUAUAGAUAAAAUAUGUUCCAUAACUCUAUCCAGUUUUCUUCUAUAUAGGAUUUGUUGUUGUAAAUACGCUUUUGAAUGCAUUUUACACUAAUUUUUGACGUUAGCAGUUUAUUGUGAGGAAAAAAUGUUGUCAAUAAUUAAUUGUUAUUUAUUUUAGUUAAGAAAAC